CUCCACCGCAUCCCUCUGGACUGUAGAGGCGGCAGCGAGCUAGAGCUCGCGUCUCAGCUCCCGGCCGCAGAGAAGCUGGGCGAGCCCCAGCGCCGGAGGACACCUGGCCCAGCACGGAGGGAAGCUCUGCACGCGGCUGAUGUUGCUAUAAGGACAGAUGCUUCAGACAUGACUGAUGUGGAGGCUGCGGCCAACAAUUUUGCAUCUUCAGCAAGGGCAGGCCGCCGGAAUGCCAUCCCAGACAUCCAGGGUUCUACUGGGACAGGCGGAAUUUCAGGGCUGCCCCUUGAACUGCAGGCCCUCUCCAUCAAAGAAGAUGUACAGAAGAAAAAUGAAGAAGCAACACAAGACCAAUUGGAAAAGCCCCCAAAUGAAGAAAAAUGAAGGCUUGUAAUCUGUCGAAAGUGCUGACUUCCUGCAAGUUAAAAGACUAGUGGUUCUGCUUUCCUGAGAUGUUUGAUCCGGUAGUAACUAUGGUAACAGCACAGCCCUAAGCAACAUGUGUGUACUAGAUAAUUUUGUUGCGAUGCUACUUGCUUGGAUUGCAACCAUGAUGCCCCGUGUUGGUUAUUAAAAGGCAAUUUACUUCCAAACUGCACCCAGGAAAAGGUUAAAAAUGUAUCAUCACUUAAAUACAUAUCAUUGUGUAUAAACUCAAUAAAAUCCACCGCUCUCUUUUGGAUUUAUUUAGCCAGAUGUGUUCUUAAUUCUAUUUUUAUGAUAGUGGGUAAAACAUUUCUUAGUAACUAUAGACUAAACACCAUAAUUAAAAACUUUAUGGAAUUUGUAGCAAAUUAUGUUUUUUUUCUGUUUUAUGGUAAGAAGGAAUAAUAGGUCAAAACCAUAAGGAUAGAAUGUUUGCUUUUAACCAAAUUUUUUUGUCCCAAAUCCUAAAAAGAUUUGGGGAAAAGUCGUAAAAGCUUAACAACCUAAAUCUCUCCAGGAUGCUUUUGUCUGAUGUACGUUGCUUCUGGUCUAUGCAUACUGUGCUUUUUCAUGUGGACUCUUAAAAGGAAAAAAUUGUGACAAAUUGUUUAUAUGUAACAUGCCUAGUAAAUGAAUUUUACUAUCUUCCUUAACUUUGGUGUGUGUAUGUGUCUGUUUUUCUUUAAUGUGAAUUAUGUAAAACACCGUAUUAGUUGCUUUAUACUGUCUUUUCUUAUUCUUAGGGUGAUGUGUAUAUAUGACUAGUUUCUAAAAUAAUUUUCUCAGGAAUGCUGACUUUAAUUUUUAUAUCUUUCCUAAAGUAGGUAACCUAAGAGUAGGCACUUAAAUAUUUGGUGAAUGAUAUAGGUAGAAAUAGCAAAAUACUUGCUUUUAAUAUAUAUUUAAGUAUAUAUUUUAAAUGAAACAAAACCAAAACCAAAGCUUUUGUGUUGAUUUAUUAGACAUUUUAGGAAAAUAAUAGAAUUAUGAAUUUUAAAAUAAUUGACUAAUGAAUUUAUUUUUAUUGUCAAGUACAUAUGCAUGCAUUUUUAUUUUAUUUGAUUAUAACU